AAUGAAACGAUCGAGCUCCGAGCUACUCGAAGCUAUGGCGGACGGAGCAGUGAGAGUGGAAGAUUCGAAGGACGAGAGUUCGAGCGGUGGGAUCAAGGUGUGUGGGUUGCAGUUCAGCUAUGACGGACAACCGCCGCUCUUCGUCCAUUUCGACCUCAACAUCUCGCCCGGAUCUCGAUGCCUCUUGGUUGGCGCCAAUGGAUCUGGGAAGACAACCUUUUUGAAGAUUCUGGGUGGUAAGCAUAUGGUUGGAGGGAAAGAUGUGGUGCAGGUGUUGAAUCGUUCGGCUUUUCAUGACACCAAUUUGGUUUGUAGCGGUGAUUUGGUAUAUUUGGGAGGAUCUUGGAGUAAAACCGUUGGUUCUGCUGGAGAAAUUCCACUUCAAGGAGACUUCUCUGCUGAACAUAUGAUAUUUGGAGUUGAAGGGAGUGAUCCUGUUAGGAGAGAUAAGUUGAUUGAGCUACUUGAUAUUGACCUGAAAUGGAGAAUGCAUAAAGUAUCAGAUGGGCAGCGGCGUCGAGUCCAAAUCUGCAUGGGACUUCUUCACCCAUUUAAGGUUCUCUUGCUUGAUGAGGUAACAGUCGACUUAGACGUUGUUGCUAGACUGGACUUACUCGAUUUCUUCAAGGAAGAAUGUGAACAGAGAGGAGCUACAAUAGUAUAUGCAACCCAUAUCUUUGAUGGGUUGGAGACAUGGGCAACCCAUCUGGCAUAUAUCCAAGAUGGUGAGCUUAGGAGAUCCGAGAAGUUGUCUGAGAUUGACGAGUUAAAGAACUCAGCCAAUCUACUCUCGGUUGUGGAGUCUUGGCUUCGUUCUGAAACUAAGCUCGUGAAGAAAAAACCUGUCAACCCUCCUGCCCAAAUCCAAAAGAGCUCUCCUUUUGGUUCUUCUCCUUUUGUCUCAUCCAGACACAUGGCUUAUUACCGUUGAUUUCUUAAACACCAAUCCUCAAAUUGAGACCUGCUUUUGUUAUGUGAGUAAAGCAGUAAUUUAAGCUUUGAUAAUUUCAAUUACACAUAUGUUACUGAAAUAAUAUCGAUUUGUUCAUAAUAAAAAGUCUCAGCAUUAUCAUUUUGUA